AUGCCUCCCAGGAAGGCGUGCGAUAUAUGUUUUAAGCGAAAGAUCCAAUGUUCGAUCCCCAGCCCUGGCGUCCCGUGUGACUGGUGCAGCAAUCAGGAAAUCCCGUGCACAUUUACCAGACCGCCGCAGAAGAGAAAACAUGCAACCACGCCUGAUGCAGUUUGUGUCUUGAGUCGCCGGGUCGAGCAGCUCGAGGCGGAGCUGGCUCGCAGGAAUGCCGAGGGUCAAUUAGCAUCGCCGGAAAGUGACGCAACUCGAACAGAAGAGUCUGUUGCAUCGCAGACGGAUUUUUCUGCGCAAGAGGUCUCUGAAAGCGAGAGUGGCGUGCCCAGCUCGCUGCAACUUGGGCGAAGCUGGUACUUUAGGGGCAUGCAAUUAUUGUCGAAAAAGGGUCAGCAAUGGAUUGAAUCGAAAACUGGGCAAACAGCGCCUUUGAAAGAGUAUGUGGCGUUUGACGGGGUCAAAGUGCAUACCGCCAGCUCGCAAGAAAAUCGUGGUCCCGCCAGGACACUGCCCGACAAACAAGCAACAAAUGCAAUAAUCGAUGCAUUUUUCAAGCACAGUGUUCAUCCAGUGUUGGACCACACGCUCAUAUACGCAACCGUCGAAGAGGCGUACAGUCUCCCAAAGUCUUUGCCCGCUCAGGCAUGUGUCUGGGCUCUUCAUACCUGGAGCGAUUCGCCUUCUACAAAAGCCCAGACAUACGAAGCUGAAGCUGUUGUUCAAUGCCGAUCGCUGCUUGAGAGAAUGGGCUGGGAACCCAGUUUGGAAGCACUUCAAGCAAUACUCUUGCUGGUAUAUCGUCGCCUUUAUUUCAACAUGCAAGAUGGAUUACUGCAUGCGGCUGCCUGUCAGAUGGCCUGUGAUUUGAGAAAUACCCUUUCGCCAGAUUCCAAGGACCUAGGCAUGGUCCGCAAGCGCCGACAUCUCGAGGUCAUUUUCGGCCUCUGCUAUACCCUGGAUAAAGAUAUUGCCCUGCGAUCCGGCCAACCACCUCGAUUGACCGAAGAUUAUUGCGACUUAGCUUUCAUCACAGAGUCCGACUACCCCGAGCUGCGGUUGAGUCUCGUCAAAGAGAGAACGUGUCGUCUUCUCUACUCACAGAAGGCGGCAAAACUCUCGGACGGCGAGAUUCUGCAGUAUAUCCGGCAGCUGGAUGACGAACUCGAGCAAUGGAGGCUGUCUGUUCCCAUGUCGAUACGUCCCAGGCUGAGCACGCCCGACUCGGCGGGGGGCAUGGACCGACAGCUCAUUCAGUUACAGCUAGACUACCACUGCACUCUCAUAUCUAUCCACACCAUGGUUCGGAGAUGCGGUGCAAGCAACAAAGAGCUGCCAGAGGAUUUACACAGCGUCGUGCAUUCGAGCGUCGACCUCUCCUUGGAAGCAGGUCGGUCGACGUUGAUGUUUCUCAAAUCUACUCUCAGCUCACUCGGAGAACAAGCUUUCCGGCACAUUCAGUGGUAUUCACCGGUGGCCGCCAUGGCUCUGUUCGUCGACAUUCUCGUGCACCCGCUCGGCGACAGCGCGCAGGCAGACUUGGACACAAUGAAGCAGUCGGCUGGCGUCUUUCAAAAUAUCCCGGCCAGUUCCCUUUUCCAUGUUGAAACACAGCAAAUGCAGACGCUGAGUGGCUUCAUCAUGGAGCUGGUACGGCUGGCAAGCUGCGCCAUCUGGAAGGCAAGACAGGCAAACAUGGGCUGGCAACACGACACAAAGUAA